AUGUCCAGCUCGCUCCAAUUCAAAGGUUAUGCGCUUACGGAUCCAUCCUACUGGUCCGACCUCAAGGUGGUAGAGUUCAAGCCGAAGAACUUCCAGCCAGAGGACAUCGAGAUUUCGAUCACCCACUGCGGCGUAUGUGGCUCAGACCUCCACACACUCACGCAAGGCUGGGGAGAAUCCAAGCUGCCGCUCAUCGCGGGCCACGAGAUCGUCGGCACUGUGACGCGCGUAGGGGACAGGGUGACGGGGUUCAAGCCGGGAGACAGAGUGGGAGUCGGCGCGCAAAUUGGAGCGUGCUUGAACUGCAAACGCUGCGACGCGAACUACGAGAACUACUGCCCGGAACAGAUCGACACAUACAACGCGGAAUACCCCGACGGUGUUGUCACCCAGGGAGGAUACGCUACUGCUAUCCGCGCGCACGAGCGCUUCGUGUUCGCUAUACCGAAGAAUCUGGAGUCGCGUCACGCUGCCUCGAUGCUCUGCGCAGGCCUGACCGUCUACUCUCCGUUGAAGACCAACGGCGCCGGCCCGGGUAAGACUGUUGGUAUCAUCGGGAUUGGUGGCCUCGGACACUACGCCGUUCUGUUCGCUAAGGCUCUCGGCGCCGAUGUCUACGCCUUCACACACGAUGCGACCAAAGUCAAGGACAUCAAGCAGAUGGGUGCUCAUCACGUCAUCAACACCUCCGAGCAGAAGGAUUUCGCCAAGAGCCUCGCAGGCGAAUUCGACAUCAUCAUCUCCACCCUCGACAGCUACAGCCCAGAAACGCCGCUGGCCGACUUCCUCUCGAUGCUGGUCGUGCACGGCAAGCUCAUCACGGUCGGAAUCCCCGACGCGGACAACCCGCUUCCGCCCAUCCAUCCAUUCGAUCUGAUGUCGAGCGGCGCGCUUCUCGGCGGCAGCCACAUCGGAAGCAAGAAGGAGUGCAUUGAGAUGCUGCAGCUUGCCGCGGAGAAGGGGGUCAAGCCGUGGAUUGAAGAGCUCCCGAUGAAGGAAGUCGGGAAGGCCCUGCGUAGUCUCGGCGACAACAAGGUCCGGUACCGGUAUGUGCUCACGCAGGAUCUGGUAUGA